CAGUGGCGACGUGGAACUCGUGCCGUAGGGACGUGUUGCCCUCGAACUCAUACUUCCUUUUCACUCAUUCUCACCUCCUGCACCUCCAGAAACCGGACACACAGCACCAGCAAGGUCCUUUAUUAUAGAGGUGCAGUUACAGAGAGUAGGCCUAUUACAUCUAUCUUCCUUGCAAUAUGUCUUCAGGGGCCCUAAUGUAUGGGUACCAACCACAAGCAGCGGCGCAAGCCCAGCAAUACCAGCAACAGCCGGGACAUGAGCAAUUCCAACAGCAACAACAGGGUUACCAGCCACAGGCACAGCAAGGAUACCAACCCCAAGCUCAAAUGGGAUACCAACCCCAGGGUCAGCAGGGCUAUCAACCUCAGCAGCAGCAGUAUGGACACCCACAACAGCAACAGCAACAGCAACAGUACCAGCAGGAACAGUAUGGAGCCCCACAGCAACAGCAACAGCAGCAGCCACAGCCACAGCAGUCUUCUUUUCAAGAUUUCAUUGAAUCCCAAGAGACAAAAGAAGGCGUACGCUUUUCCUGGAAUGUGUGGCCAUCAAGCCGGAUUGAAGCUACUCGCAUGGUGGUCCCAGUUGCUGCUGCAUUCACACCCCUGAAGAAACGAGAUGACUUGCCCCCAAUCUGUUAUGAACCCCUGAAGUGCACUCAGUCACAGUGCGGGGCCAUCCUGAACCCUCUCUGUCAGGUUGACUACCGAUCAAAGAUGUGGGUAUGCUGCUUCUGUUUCCAGCGCAAUCCAUUCCCAAGUAGCUAUGCAUCCAUCAGUGAGCAGAGUCAACCAGCUGAGCUUUUCCCUCAAUAUUCAACAAUUGAGUAUACUAUUAUGAGGCAGCAGAAUAUGCCACCAGUUUUCCUUUUUGUGGUUGACACCUGUGUUGAUGAGGAAGAGUUGUCAGCCCUAAAGGAAUCAAUUACAAUGUCCCUCACACUCAUGCCAGCUAAUGCCCUGGUGGGAUUAAUCACCUUUGGACGUCAUGUACAUGUUCACGUAUUAGCAAAUGAAGUUUUAAGGAAGCAGUACGUGUUUCCAGGACACAAAGACCAGACAGCAAAGUCUGUACAAGAAUACCUUGGGGUUGGACUGAAGGCUACACAAACACAGAUGCCAGGCCAGGCUGCUCCUGCACCUCAACCUGGUCAGAUGAACAACAGGUUCUUGCAGCCAGUGCAGGAGUGUGAGAUUAUGCUAGUAGACAUCCUGACUGACCUCCGCCGUGACCCCUGGCCAGUAUCCUCAGGAAAGCGACCUUUGCGUGCAACAGGAUCUGCUCUGUCUAUUGCUGUUGGUCUGCUAGAGGCAUGUUACCCCAAUACUGGAGCUCGUAUCAUGACUUUCUUGGGAGGAGCGUGCUCUGUAGGCCCAGGAAUGGUUGUGGAUGAUGAUUUGCGCAGACCUAUCCGUUCACAUCAUGAUAUUGAGAAGGACAACUGUAAGUACAUGAAAAAGGCUAUCAAGUUCUAUGAAGCACUAGCCAAGAGGUCUUCUGAUAACGGACACAUUAUUGACCUGUAUGCAUGUGCCCUGGAUCAGGUUGGACUGCACGAAAUGAAGUAUUGUUCCACUUACACAGGAGGUCACAUGGUUCUGGGAGACUCAUUCCAGUCAUCCCUGUUUAGGACAACAUUCCAAAGGGUGUUUGCCCGUGACGAGAAGGGUAACUUGGAGAUGGCAUUCAAUGCCACUCUUGAGGUGAAGACUUCUCGGGAACUUAAAAUUGCGGGUGCACUUGGCCCAUGUGUGUCUGCCAAUGAAAAAGGACCAAAUGUUGCUGAAACUGAAAUUGGCAUUGGGAAUACCACCAAGUGGAAGAUGUGUGGUUUAGGACCAAGCACUACUGUGGCCAUAUUCUUUGAGGUAGCCAACCAGCAAGGCUCAGACAUUCCAGGCACAAGAGGACAUGUUCAGUUCAUUACUAGAUACCAGCACGCCUCAGGACAGACGAGGGUCAGAGUCACAACAGUCGCACGAAAUUGGGCAGAUGCACAGACAGGGCAGCAAUUCAUUUCCCUUGGUUUUGACCAAGAAGCAGCUGCUGUGCUUAUGGCACGCUUAGCAGUCAACAGAUCAGAGACUGAUCAGGAUGGAACAGAUGUCCUGCGUUGGGUGGACAGGAUGUUGAUUAGGCUUUGUCAGAAGUUUGGUGAUUUCACUCCGAACGACCCCAAUAGUUAUCGCUUCCACGAUACAUUCACACUUUAUCCUCAAUUCAUGUUCCAUCUGAGACGUUCACAGUUCCUCCAAGUAUUUAACAACUCGCCAGAUGAAACCUCUUUCUACAGAUGCAUGCUGAACCGUGAGACUGUGACAGAGUGCCUAACCAUGAUCCAGCCCGUAUUGUGCAGUUACUCCUUCCAAGGUGUUGAGCCUGUUAUGCUUGACACUUCCUCCAUUCAGCCGGAUCGCAUAUUGCUCCUGGACACCUUCUUCCAUGUGCUUAUCUUCCUUGGAGAGACAAUGGCAGCCUGGAAGAGGGAGGGUUACCAUGAACAAGAAGAAUAUGCAGUCUUCAAAGAACUCUUACAAUCUCCAGUGGAUGAUGCUCAAGAUAUCCUGGCAACCAGGUUCCCUAUUCCACGUUAUGUUGAGACAGAGCAAGGAGGAUCACAGGCUCGGUUCCUUCUUUCCAAAGUGAAUCCUUCUCAAACACACAACAAUGCUUUGUAUGGGUCUGCGAUCCCAGACCCCAAUUCUACGGAUGGUGGUGCCCCAGUUCUCACAGAUGAUGUCAGCUUACAGGUCUUCAUGGAACACUUGAAGAAGCUGGCAGUAACGUCAAAUGCAUAAAAGCAAUCUUAGCCAAUUUUACUGCAAAUAAGUAUGACUCUUUGCCCAUAAAGUAUCAGUUCUCCAGAUUAAAAAUUUAAAUUUUAAUGAUGCAAUCAUUGUUUCUUCAGACACAGAAAUCCUAGCAUCACAGAUAAAUUAUAUUUCAGGAUUUUUAAUACUUCGGUGACUACUCGGUGAUUUAUAUUUAAGCUUCUUGUACAAGGCAGUGUCUUAAUCUUGGAAGUGGGUUUCUAUUUCAAUAUCAGAUGAUAACAGGUGGCAAAGAAAAUCAAGUGUUGUGCAAGUGGUACAUUAAGAGGAUUUAAAUAAGAAAAAUUUUGAAGAGAUUUUAUUUUAUUUGUUAAUCUUACCACAAUAUAUUAUUAUCUUCAGUUGCUGUAAUGUGUUAAAUAAAAUAAAACAUUUAAAUUAU